CCCCUCAUUGCGCCCCUUGAUCGCCUUUGCACGGGGAAUUCAUAAUACUGACAAGAUUCCCGUUUCACGGUCUAGUCAACCUGCAUCAUGGCUCGGUAAUAUCCGUGCCAACACUAAGCUACUGUGGCAAUACCGGCAUUCACGAGAGUGAUAUAAACCUUGACUCGCAACAAACUUUCAUCCAAGCAAAAAGUGACUUCUUAUGCAGUACCAGCGUACCAACUCUAAUUCAUCGAUGGCAUACUCGGAUAGGUCAUCAAAUUCUUCUGCAUCGUCACCUCCUCCUCAGCUUGUUGCAUUACCGUCCAUGAGGCACUCUCUGGCGGCUCUGCCAACUAUGUCUGCUGUGCCACACGACAUGAUACAUUAUUCGAAUUCAGGAUCACAUAGUAGAGCGAAGAUGGAGUAUGCUAUACAAAAGCAGAGGCAACACACGAAACCCUUUGCAGCGCUCGACGUACGCUUAGCCCAUCAUUCAUCUUACAGAUUUUAACACAUGUUCCCUCAGGCACACGAUAUGAGACGUACACCCAGUCCGUCG